AUGCCACACUCUGCCCUCACUUAUUCUGUAACACACUAUAGCAGUUCUGUGGCACCAACUACAUUUAGAUUCCUUGCAGUUUACAGUAUUACUGCACAGGUCCAGCAUUUGCUUGGAUCGUCAGAGAUUCUGAAAAUGCUGGACAUGUGCUUGGAUCAUCAGAAACGCAUAAAAGUGCUGGAUUAUGUUCAGAAAAGAGAAAAAGAAAAAGAUGCUAAACUUCGAUGUGGCAUAGUGAAUUAUAGGCAAGCAGACUUGAGAGAUAGAAAUGAACAUAACGAACCAAAAUGA